AUGACAACUGAACAGUUGGAGGGUGAUGAGACUCUGGCUGAAUUAAACGCUCUUAUUCAAUUAAGAGAGACAAGACAGGUUCUUCAUCCACCUGAGUCUAUAGAAGAGUUAAGAAAAGAGUUACAAGUAGUGCUCACAGCCAGACAAGAUGCAAAAGGAACUUGUGAAGAAUUUAAAAAUAAGGAGAAAAGCUUCACUACAGAAACGCUUCUAAUACAAGAGUCUAGGAACAAGAAAAGAACAAGGUCGAGGAAACCAGAUGUUAGCAAGGACACACAUAAGAAGCAUAAACCAACCUUGACUGCCUUUAGUAAGACAUAUGCCAAUAAACGAAAGUUCAUGGAAGAAAGAAACAGUUCUGUACCUAUUCAAAAGAAAAGAAAGAUUUCAUGUAUAUUCUGUAGUGGAGAUCACUUCAAUGAGGAGUGCACCAAGUUCAAAACAGUACAACAAAGAAAGUCAAAGUUAAAUAACCGCUGCUACAUAUGUUUAGGUCUAGGUCACCGUGCAAGAACGUGUAAAAGAAAUUUUAGAACUUGUCUACAUUGUGGAAGAAAAGGACAACACAACAGAGCACUGUGCCCUACGAAGGAACAACCCACGAAGGAACAACCUAAGAAGGAAACCACGACCUCAUUACAUAUCAAUGACGAUUCGCCAACAGUACUCCAGACAGUUAUAGUUAACGCUAUAGGCAGAAACAAUACAAUACUCAAAUGUCGUGUGCUCUUCGAUUGUGGCAGCAUGAGAAGUUAUAUCUUACAAAAGGUAGCCAAAAAACUUAACCUGGAAUCUGAAGAGAAACAGCAUCUCACGGUAUUUACCUUUGCUGAGGAUAAACCUCGUGAGUUGGAGACUCCACUGGCCAGACUCUGCUUGCAAACAAAAACUAAUGAACUAAAGUUAAUAUAUGUCAACAUUGUGCGCUCUAUGACUCAUGAAGUAUCCACCUUUAGCAAGGACUUCUUAGAAUGGGAACAUCGAAACAAGUAUAUUCUAUCCGAUGACGGAUCACUCGAAGAUCAAGUUGACAUCCUGAUAGGGAACGACUACUAUCAGUCACUAAUGCUAUCCGAGAAGAUAGAGAUAAAGGAAAAUCUAUAUCUAGUGAAUUCUGUGUUUGGUUGGAUGCUGUCUGGUCGAUCAAGAGAAGAAAGAGGAGAAGAAUUAUCAGUACUUACAUACUUCCAAGCCUCAUACGAGACCAAAUUAAAUGAACCAGAUCUACCGUUGGAUAAUACAUCUAUGAGAGCCUUAUGGGAUUUAGAAUCUAUAGGAAUUGUCGACUCGCCUAACACCAAUAGAGAUGAAGAAGCGAUCAAGCAUUUCAACGAAAACACAAUACUAGAAAGUGGAAGAUACCAUGUCAGCUGGCCAUGGAAGGAUUAUCCUCCAGAGUUACCAACAAAUUACGGAUUAGCAUAUGGAAGACUUGUAGGGCUCGUGAAAAGACUGGAUAAAGAGACGUUAUCAAUGUAUGAAAAGACAUUAAGUGAUCAAUUGGAAAAGAAAAUUAUAGAAGAAGUUCCUAACAAGAAAGAAAGGGAUCAUCCUAUACAUUAUUUACCAUUUCACGGAGUUAUGGCUAAUGGAAAAGCACUUAGACUGGUAUAUGAUGCUUCAGCGAAAGUAAAGAAUGCGAAAAGUCUUAAUGAAUGCUUAUAUGCCGGUCCAAUGAUGCUAGAAGACCUGACUGGAUUAUUAAUUCAAUUCAGAUGCCACAAUGUAGGAUUAACUGCAGACGUAGAAAAGGCUUUCUUGCAAAUUGGAUUAAAUAAUAAUGAUAGAGAUGUGACUAGAUUUCUAUGGCUGAAAGAUACAGAAAAACCUGUUACUGAAGACAACCUUAUACAAUACAGAUUCACUCGGGUACCCUUUGGAAUUAUCUCCAGUCCAUUUUUAUUAAAUGCUACAAUAAAGCAUCAUCUACAGACCUCUGAAGGGAAUUAUACAAAACAGCUGGCCAAUAACAUAUAUGUGGACAACUUACUUACAGGCACAGAGUCAGUAGAUGAAGCAUUAGAUCUGUAUAAAGAGGCAAAGGACAAGUUUUCUGAGAUAUCAAUGAAUCUUCGAGAGUGGAGUUCUAAUUCAAAGGAUUUUCUCAAUCAAAUACAGGAUGUGGCUCCAGAGAUCACAGUGAAGACUUUGGGCUUAAAUUGGGACUUAAAGGAAGACUCACUCCAACUUAGAGCCAAAGUAAACAAGAAUAAUGAGAUUACGAAGAGAGGAAUACUCAAAACUAUAGCGGCAAUAUACGAUCCUUGUGGAUUCAGUGUACCCAUAGUACUGCCAGCCAAACUACUUCUCCAGCAAUUAUGGAAGGAAAAGGUCAAAUGGGACAGCUCAUUAUCUAAUGAAACAAAACAGAAAUGGAUGAGUAUUCUAGAAGAUCUUAAAGAAAUAGAGUCAAUACGUCUACCAAGAAAUAUGACUGUGCCAAAUAGACAUAAGGCACAAUUACACUGUUUUACAGAUUCUUCGACAGUAGCCUACGCGGCUGUAGUAUAUCUGGUGCAAGGAGAUAACGUCCAGUUUGUAAUAGGCAAGUCACGUCUUGUACCUACCAAAGAUCAAGAAAAUUUGAAGAUACCAAGACUCGAAUUACUAGGUGUUUUAAUUGGAAGUAGACUUAUUAAAUAUGUCUUCAAGUUUUUACAACUGGAUAUAACGGAGAUGAUAUUGUGGACCGAUAGUCAGAUCGUAAAAAGCUGGUUUUAUUCAGACAAACUACUGGAACCGUUCGUGUCUAGAAGAAUGGACGAAAUUAGAAAAAAUAAAAAUCUAAUUGUGAGAUAUGUUCCAUCUGGACUUAAUCCAGCAGACACUGCAACACGACCAAGUACCUCAAAGGAAGAGAGAAAUGGGUGGUUAAAUGGACCCGCCUUCUUACGACAGGAUUCAAAGACCUGGCCAAAAAGCCCAGGUGCUGAAGUUUCUCUUCUGUUGGCGGAGGGUCUGUCUAACACAGAUAAUCAUCUAAAGGCUAAAACAUUGUCUGCCGAACCAAGUCCAGUAACAAACUUAGAUCCUCAAUUACAAGAAAUAAAACAGCUACAAGAAACAAUGUUUCCGGAAGAAGUACAAGGAAAGAAAACAAGUCUAGCUCGCAGCUUAGGUCUAUUCUGUGACACAAAUGGAAUACUAAGAUGUGACGGUCGUCUUGCGCAUUCAGACUUAUCUUACGACGCAAAACAUCCUAUUCUUUUACCAAAAGAAAGCGAAUUGACUGAAAAACUUAUAAAGGAAACUCAUGAAAAGAAUCUUCAUGUAGGAGUGGCUCAUACUUUAAGCCUUAUACGUCAGAAGUAUUGGAUACCUCAAGGUAGAAGUCGUGGGGAGAAUCAUUGUGCUCUGCUCACCUGCAAUCUUAACCUGGAGUUCUGGGCAUCCCGGGCCAUGUCGUGA